GGAAACUGCUUGCAAAUGCGUUGAGCAGUCAAACGCAUGCGUUGGAAGACUUUUUCUCUCUCUCGCUAAACAAGAGUGAAAUAUGACACCGCUUCCUGAUUCCUCUUUUUUCCCCCCUCUCCAGAUUUCAAAACCUCUUAAAAACAAAAUUUAAACCAACUACACCCGACUGGGAAUCAGAGACAAAGCGAGCGAGGGAAUCAGGAAUUUCAGCUUGCUUGGAGUAGAGGAAAGGAGCUUCGCCCGUCCCCCGGGGAACUGGCAGGAAGAAAUUGCAGCAAAGACAAGGUACCACCCACUCCCAUUCUAUCAUACAGAAGGGGAACUGGGCCACCAGCAUCUGUUUCUAAGAGCUGCUGUAAAUCAUGGAGAAAAGGGAGCAACAGUGCCCUGGUCAAGAAGGCAAUAAGGCCAAGAGUGAGCCCAACACCCAAGAUGGAUCCUCGCACAUCAUUACCAUUGUUUUCUUGAUGCUCCUCAUUGACCUGCUUGGGUUUACUCUGAUCCUACCACUCCUGCCUUCCAUACUGGAUUAUUAUGGAAAGACUGGCCACGAUGGUGUUUAUCAAUCCUUGCAACACUCUGUGGACUGGUUUGCUGAUAUGAUCGGGGUUCCCAGUGUAAGAAAAUAUAACAGUGUCCUCUUUGGGGGGCUCAUUGGAUCCAUGUUCUCACUGCUGCAGUUCCUUGUGUCUCCCAUGACUGGCGCCGCUUCCGAUUACUUUGGUCGGAGACUGUUGAUGAUGCUGACUACGGCUGGGCUGAUCGUUUCUUACGCGCUGUGGGCUCUCUCCAGGAACUUCGGGAUUUUCCUCCUGUCUAGAGUUAUCGGCGGGAUCAGCAAGGGGAAUGUCAGCCUUUCUACUGCCAUCAUUGCAGACCUGCAAUCUCCACGAGCCCGCAGCAAAGGAAUGGCAAUGAUUGGCGUUGCUUUCUCUCUUGGUUUCACGGUUGGGCCUGUGAUCGGAGCCUACUUUGCAUCGAAUGCUGGGAAGGACGGAACUUUUUUCCUGCAGACAGCACAGCUGGCAAUGGUGUUUGCGGUGUCAGAUCUACUCUUCAUCUUCUUCUUUCUCCCGGAGACCCUCCCCAAAGAGAAACGGGUCUCCUCAGUCUCAUCCACCUUUCAGAAUGCCAUAGACCUCCUCAGUCCAGUGGCGCUGUUUCGAUUCUCUGCUGUCCGACAACGGGUGGAUUCUCCCUCUCCAGAAGGCAUGCAGACCCUUAAAGUUCUAGGACUGGUGUAUUUCCUCUACAUUUUUCUUUUCUCUGGCCUGGAGUAUACACUCAGUUUUCUCACUCACCAACGCUUCCAUUUUAAUAGUAUGCAACAAGGGAAGAUGUUCUUCUUUGUGGGGAUUACAAUGGCAUUGGUCCAGGGUGGAUAUGCUCGAAGGAUCAAACCUGGAGAUGAAAUUAAAGCUGUAAAGAGGGCAAUUGCCCUGCUAAUCCCAGCUUUUCUUAUCAUUGGUUGGGCCAACACCGUGCCUGUCCUGUACAUUGGACUUCUUUUCUACUCAUUUGCUGCUGCUAUAGUCAUUCCCUGCCUGUCUGCCCUGGUGUCAGGAUAUGGUGCAGCUCAUCAAAAAGGAACAGUGAUGGGAAUUCUUCGCAGUUUGGGGGCUUUGGCUCGAGCUUUGGGACCAAUCAUGGCAGCUACCGUUUACUGGCUGGCAGGAGCAGAGGUGUGUUUCACCAUGACCAGCUUCACCUUCUUCUUCCCGCUUGCACUUCUUACGAUUCCUAAAGUGAAGAAAACAGAGUGAAGACCAGAAGGAGCAAAGUAGCCAUGUACACUUUAAAGGGAAGACCACACCAAAUUCACACUUGGAGCAAGAGCAAGCAGAGUCUUUUUAAAAAAAGAAACUUAAAGCAGCUGAUACUUACUUAACCCUAGUUGGGAAUAUCAAGCAAAUGAGCAUCGGGAAAAAAAUAUCUGUUUGAAAAAAUGCGAUAUUAAUGUGUAACUUAAUAUUGGGGGUACAGGGAACGGUUCUAUACAGUAAGUGACUUGAAUGAAUUGAAUCAUAAUAUUGUCAAAGGUUUUUUAAUAUUCUUCCUCCUCGUCCUCACGGCAUAAUUUGUUGGUCAUUUAUACUACUUCUUUGCGUGGGAGUCUGUUUUCAGGGCUAUAUUAGAGCUUCAUUCAGCUUUAUCAAGGAUAAGGAUGUGCAACUUGGAAGAUUAGGUCGUGCAGUGGGUCAUACACCAACCCGUCGUGUUGAAAGGUCAUCAACCUGAAACUUUAACGCUGUUUGUCUCUCCACUGAUGCUACCUGACCUGCCGAAUAUUUCCAACAUCUUCUAUUUUGAUUUCAGAUUCACAGCAUCCACAGUAUUUUGCUUUAGGUCUGGGCCCUUUGUUCGCUUUUGGCCUUCGCCAUAGGCUAUAACAUCCUAUUAAAGAUGAGUUUGGAACAGUCUCAGUUUAGUCGCAGCUGGGUAUGGGCACCCAGCAUAAAAUUUCCCAUCAGUCUCAAUCAGAGAGGCAUAUUGUUAGUAGAGCAGAAGGAGCUUUACUCCAUAUAAUUGUUAUACCUAACCUAGGGGUCCUUGACUAAUAUAAAAAAAUGUAACUCA